CUCACAGUCCCGAGGUCCGUAUUGCAUUCCUCACCGCGACCACUUCAAGCCUGAAUCUUGCCAAGAUGGCUGCAUACAGCUUACCAGAAGACAUUAGUUCUGUCGAAGACUAUUUCAAGGCACGUGAAUCAUUUGUCAACGCAGAACGAGCCUUGGGUUACGGAAGCAAAGUCAAUGGUUCGGAACUCGAGCUUCGCGCUCAGGAGAUUGUUCAGAAGAUCAAGAAGUGGGAAGAGAACAACCACCAUGGCGUGCACCUUGACGGCUCCGGCUGUGAAGCUGGUCACCGCUUCCUGCAUGGCCAAGAUGCUAUUGAAAAUAGCAAACUCUUCUCAAUUUCACAGAAGGCGCCAAAGGGUGCCUUGCUGCAUUGCCAUUUCGAUUGCAUCCUACCGCCACGAACCCUCCUGGAUGAUGCGAAGAAGCAGGACAAACUGUACAUCAAAACUGACUGUCCAUUAACCACAGUUGGCUUCUUCGCCGGUGCAUUGCCCCAAUUUCGUGUACUGUCGCAAGCUGUAGACUUGAGUGACACGAGCAACGUGUUUAGCAAGGCCUACGUUGCUGGGUCAUGGAUGAAAUAUUCUGACUUUCUCCGCCUGUUCCCCGGUGGCGAGGAGAGGGCAGAGUCAUGGCUUAGCAGUCAUGCGGUAAUUACAUCGGAUGAUGCAUAUCAUCCGCGCCAGACAGUGGACGGGAUUUGGAGGAAAUUUAUUCGAAGUGCCCUGGUGCUGCGGUCGUUGCUUUGUUACGAGACCGCAUACAGAAACCAAUUCAGACGAAUACUUUGGAGGUUUGCCGAGGACGGUAUUUCCUACGCCGAAAUUCGACUUGCAAUGAACUACCAGUUCACUGUCCAAAGCGAUGAUGGCACGCGCGAAUAUGGGCACGGAGAGAUCAUUCAAAUGCUAUCGGAUGUUCUCGCAGAAGAAGUUCCGAAAAUACAAGCAUCAGGGCUCACCUUUUACGGCGUGAGGCUCAUCUACGCCGUUAUGCGUGCCGCCACCAAAGAAGCUAUGAGAUGGUGCAUCAACACUUGCAUCGAGGUAAAGCAAAAGUUUCCAGACCUGAUUUGUGCGUUCGAUUUGCAGGGCCAGGAAGAUUCCGGAUUGCCACUCAAGUAUUGGAUCCCAGAGCUCCUUGAAAUGCGAGCAAGAGUUAAAACACUCGGCCUUGACCUGCCAUUCAUCUUUCACGCAGGCGAGACUCUCAAUCAUGGCGGCGAUACCGACUCGAACCUAUUCGAUGCAAUCCUUCUGGGAACCAAGCGCAUUGGACACGGUUUUAGUCUGGUCAAGCACCCUCUGCUAAUGCAACUAUGCAAAGAGAGAAACAUUGCCAUUGAGACCUGCCCAUUGUCGAACGAGAUUUUGGGGCUCUGCCCAACAACCAAGACACAUCAUCUGCCUGUCCUGCUAUCUAAUUGUGUGCCUUGCACUGUCAACAGCGACGAUCCAGGAUCCUGGGGAGCAAGUGUUUUGUCGCAUGACUUUUACCAAGCACUGAUGGGAAGUGAUAACUCGACCCUACUUACGCUGCGGGUCCUUGCCGAGUGGAGUAUUGAACACAGCUGCAUGAGCUCUGCUGUGCGAGCGAGGGCGUUCAAAGACUUUGAGAAGGCCUGGAUCACAUUCUGCCAACAAAUCAUCGAAGAGUACGGUCAGCCUGAGGAGUAGAACGGCGAUCCAGGGCCGGAAUCUGUACGAAGUGAUUUGUAUGAGACGUGUUCUCGCGAGGAUGGAGUCUGGUGUUCAGCAAGAUCAAUUUGGGUCGGUCAUAUCUUCAACAUGGAGCAUCAAUUACCACGUUGGCAGGGGAAGAAAGACAGAAAAAUGUUCCGUUCUUCAACACUUGGGAAUAUUGAGUGCCGCGAUAGAACAUUGAAGUAACAAAUGAAAAAUGCAUUCUUGGA